AAUUUGCUGAUGUGAGAUGUGACAGUGACAUUUACCUAACCUUAAAGUUGAAGAAUGAAAUAUGAAAUGUAUAAUAAAUAAAUAAAGUGCCACGGUAUAAUAUCUAAGUGAUAACAUAGCUGAUUGCCGCAAAAAAUAUGUGAUUUAAUUUUUGAGUUGAAUAAAAAAGAAAAACCAAAAUGCCGGUUGAAGAAACAAGUUUAUUAUCAAAGUAUAUAACUAUAUUUUUUGUUGUUAGUGGUUAUUGGGUUGUAUCCAUUUCAACAGUGUUUGUCAAUAAGACUUUAUUGAGUAAUAUCAACUUAGAUGCACCCAUGUUCAUCGCACUCAGUCAGACUUUGAUCACUGCUCUCAUUUGUGUUUUGAAAAAAAAAUUGAGCAGAAAAUAUCCUGGAAAGUUCAGAUUUCCUGAUGUCGAUGUUUGGGAUUGGUACACCAUUAAAGGGAUUCUUCCAUUGUCAAUAAUAUUUACCUCAAUGAUCGCUACCAAUAACUUAUGUUUGAAAUAUGCCUCUGUGACAUAUUACUACAUUGGCAGAUCAUUGACAACCAUUUUCAAUGUAGUUUUCACUUAUCUGAUAUUAGGAGAGAAAACUUCGAAACGAUGUGUUGUUUGUUGUGCAAUAAUUAUUUUUGGAUUUUGGAUGGGAGUUGAUCAAGAGAAUUUAGCAGGAAGUUUAUCGGUGGCUGGUUUCGUAUUUGGAAUUUUAGGAUCCCUCUCGUUAUCGCUUUAUUCGAUAUUCACGAAAAAGGCACUGCCUAAAGUUAAUGGAGAAAUAUGGGCCCUAUCGUACGUUAACAAUGUGUACGCCACAAUAAUCCUGACACCAUUAAUGGCAAUCAACGGGGAAUUGACGGAACUAUAUAACUACAGCGAUCUUCUCAAAACCUAUUUUUGGGUAAUCAUCACCAUAGGCGGUGUAUGCGGUUUCACAAUAGGAUUUUUCACAACCAUGCAGAUAAAGUACACUUCUGCUUUAACACACAACAUUUCCGGAACAGCUAAAGCCUGUGCCCAAACGGUUCUAGCGACAUAUUGGUUCCAAGAAACCAAAUCUUUGGUUUGGUGGUGCUCAAAUUUUAUCGUAUUGUUUGGCAGUGCUUGUUAUACUUGGAUCAAACAAAUCGACAUGGAAAAAAGGCAUAGAAACAAUCCAAUAUACCAUAAAGUUUAAGAAUAAUGCAUCGGUUUGGUUCAACAUUCCUGUACAUUUUUGUAAGAAGAAUCUGUUGGAUCAUGUCCACACAAUACAUAUGUUGAUAGGUUAAUCUUGUGUUGGACAAAUCAACGUUGAAGGAUUUUUCAAGAGGAUAGGAUAAUCUAGUCAAACAAUUCAUUAUAUCUGGUUCAUGUCAUUAAAUAAGAGUGACUUACUACUGCCUGAAAAUGUUAUUUUUGAAAGAAUUUUAAAUACAAAUCGAUUUUAUAGUUUUAA